UUCAAAAUUUGAGCGUCAACCGGCGCCGCCACGCCUGCCAACCCCAUCCUCUCUCCCGGCUCUUACAUAACCAACAGCUGAUUCCCCGACCUGCCCAACGCCAGCCGCCCAUCGGCCUCCGGCGCCGCCAAGAAUGCCCCGUCCGUCGAGCCGCGCUCAGGCCGCGUUUUCCUCGUCCUCCGGCUGACGUCGCGAUGUUUUAUCGCCGAUUAAAGCGAACGCUGGCAGUCGUGUCCGCGCUGCGUAGCCGCCGCCAUCCGUGCUACCGCUUCUCCGCUUUUUUCGUGUGCACCGCCGCCGGCUUCGACAGCAAAAACCCUGGUGCGGAUCCCGCGGGACGCCGCUCCGCCGAGAUGGAGAAGGAAGAGGCAUUCAAGAUCGAGAUCUCCGACGGACUCCUGCUCUACUACGACAGGUUCUCGUUCUACUCGCAAAAGGUCGUCAUGGCCCUCCACGAAAAGAACCUCCCCUUCGACAGCAAGAUCAUCAACCUCAUCAAAAGUGAGCAAUACCAACCCUGGUUCCUCUACCUGAACCCCCGCGGCGAAGUCCCCGUCCUGCAGGACACCGGCAAGAUCAUCCCCGACUCGGCCCGAAUCAUCGAGUACCUCGAAGACAACUUCAGCAACGGGGACACCCCCAGACUGAUCCCCAUGGACCAAGGCCCCGAGGUCCGUCAGAAGGUCACCCACUUCCGACACGUCCUGCAGAAGGCGCCCCAGGACAUGCUCACCACCGGCGCCAUGCUCAACCAGCACAUGUUGCGCAACCCCAAGACCCCGUUCUUCGCGCCAGUGCGCAAGGCGCUUGCCAACGCGGAGAAGAACGGCGGCAAGAACCUGAGGCAGUACGCCGAGAAGAACCCCGAGCACAAGGAAGUCCUGUUGAAGAAAGCGCAAACUCGAGAGGAGACGUACAAGAAGCUGUGCGUUGAGAAGAACUUCCUGGGGGUGUUGGAGGAAAUGCACGUUAUUCUGGAGGAGGUGGAGGGCGAGCUGGCCAAACACAACGCAGAUUUCAAUAGACGGGAUUGGUGGCUGUGCUCGAGUCGGUUCACUAUCGCGGAUGUCGAGCUGACCAUUUUGCUAGUGAGGAUCAGUCAGCUGGGGCUGGAGCACGUGUUCUGGGAGGCCGGGAAGCGGCCUUACAUUGAGAGAUAUUACGAGAGGGUGAAACUGAGGGAUUCGUUUAAGAAGACGGUUCCGGGGACUUUAGUGUUGUUAAAGACGAUAUUGAUGACACAGGCGCCGAUUAUUAUUGGGGUGGUGGCAGCACUGGCGUUGGUGGUCGGAGGGGCGAUUAUUGCUGCCAAGUUUGCUUAAGUCACCGCGUGGAAGUGAAGUGUGCUUUUAAGUUGAUAGGUGUUAUAUUUUUAUAUUGAUUGAUAGUUGUGGUUCAUUUGUUAUUCUUACUCAGUUGUUGGAAAUUAUAGAAAUUCUCGAA